UCUCUCAAAUGUCACUCAAAUGUCACAAAUGUGACUCUAUCUGUAAAGUUACGGAUGAGCAGUUCAACAGAGUUGGGGUAGAGGGUAGUAUAGUCGACUUACUUGUCGACCAAGCACAACGUGAGAGCAUCCCUGGCAAUCCUACUGCCCUCUACCCUACUGCUCAUCUGUGACGUCACGAAUGGCAUAUACUCAGAAUCUUUCAGUGCACGUGAAGAUCAACUAACCUUCCUUGUUAUUUGUGUACAUAUGAAACUCAAAAAUGAAAGAACAGAAAAAGCAUUUGAAAAGGAAGCUAAAGAACUUUAACGCUGAAAACAAUAAAACGGAAAAAGAAUCAAUUAAAUAUGAAUCUGAAGAAGAACUGGAUUCAGGUACUGAAAAUUUAUUACAAGCUGAAGUAAAUAAUAAUGAUGAAAGUUCGGAUGAAGAAAUUAAUGAAAAUGAAGAUAUACCUGACUCUGAUACCGAGAAAGAUCCAAUUGUCUUUGAGUCAGGUGACGAACAAGAUGAUUUAAGUUUUGAAACUGAUUCAGAUGAUAUUGAUUCGGAUGAAGAUUACUCUGAAACUGAUUACGCAGAUACGUCUGAUGAAGAAGAAGGAAAAGAUGUGGAUGAUACCUUGGAAAAGAAAAAUGAUGACCCUGCAAAGAAAAAUAAAAUUUCCAGUACUAAAGCUAUAUCGAAGGACAGUAAGUCUAAAUUGAAAGGUGGCAAAUUCAUAGUAGAAAACACAGAUAUGCGUAUUACAUCAAAGUAUAAUAAGACAGACAAGUCUUCUACAAACAAAAUAAAUGCAUCAAAUAAGUCAGUUUCUUCAAAAGUUUUGCAGCAAGAUACAGUAAAACAUGAAAAGAAUGUACAGUCAAAGAACUUAAACCAAAAAAUAAAUAAAAUAUCGAUACAAAAUUUAAUAAAAUCUAGAGAAACAAAUAGUAAAGAAAAUGUAGCUGAUAGUACAAGCAGUAAAAACAUUAGUAGCACUGUACCAACAGUAGCUCCAAAACUAGAUGAAUAUGAAUACGAUAGUUCAGAUGAAGAAGAUAUUCGAAAUACUGUUGGAAACAUACCUAUGAAGUGGUAUGAUGACUAUGAUCACAUUGGGUAUGAUUGGGAUGGUAAGAAAAUUAUAAAGCCCCAAAAAGGUGAUCAGUUGGAUAAUUUCUUGAAAAGAAUGGACGAUCCUGAUUUUUGGAGAACCAUAAAAGAUCCACAAACUGGACAGGAUGUUAUAUUAAGUGAAGCAGAUAUAGAUUUGAUUACAAGAAUUCAAAGACAAAAAGUUCCUGAUGUAACUUUUGAUGAAUAUGCUCCCUGGGUAGAAUGGUUUACUUCAGAAGUGAUGAAGAUGCCAGUUCGUAAAUUUCCUGAACAUAAACGUUCAUUUUUACCAUCUAAGCCAGAAGCCAAAAAGAUAUCGAAGUUAGUUCAUGCCUUAAAAAUGGGUUGGAUAAAAUCAACCACGGAGCUAGAGAAAGAAAGACAGCAGAAGAAGAAUGAACCAAAAUUUUAUAUGUUAUGGCAAUCAGAUGAUCAAGCUGAAGAAAUGCGUAGAAUUCAUAAACAUAUUCCAGCACCGAAGAGGCAUUUACCUGGACAUGCAGAAAGUUAUAAUCCUCCACCAGAGUAUCUAUUUGACAAAAAGGAGCUAAAAGAAUGGAAUAAGUUGCAGACGACACCAUGGAAGAGAAAGUUACAUUUUAUUCCUGAAAAAUAUAAUUCACUUCGUGAAGUUCCUGCUUACCCAAAAUAUAUUAAAGAAAGAUUCCAAAGGUGCCUCGAUUUGUAUUUGUGUCCCAGAGCAUUGAAGAUGAGAUUGACAAUAGAACCUGAAGCAUUGGUGCCACAGUUACCUAGUCCAAAAGAUUUACAACCAUUCCCUACAACAAUGUCUAUGGUAUUUAAGGGACAUACAGACAUGGUCAGAAGUAUCUCUAUAGAGCCAGCAGGACAAUAUAUUGCUUCUGGUAGUGAUGAUAUGAACCUAAAAGUAUGGGAAAUAGCAACAGGCAGAUGUGUCAAAACAGUGGCUUGUGGUGGAGUAAUUAGAUCUGUAGCCUGGUGUCCAAAUCAAUCAUUGUCUCUUAUAGCAGUGGCAGCAGAUAAAAAAGUUCUUUUAAUAAAUCCUGGAGUAGGAGAUCGCUUAAUUAAUAGCAAAACUGACCAGUUACUGGAAAUAAUACCUCAAAGCGAUGUUAUCGUUAGUGAUAGAGUUAAAACUGCUGUACAGUGGGAACCAGCAGAAGGAGAACAUAUGUUAAAUGGCAUCAAGAUGGUUCUAAAUCACUUUAAAAUAGUUAAACAAGUAACGUGGCAUGGUAAAGGUGACUAUUUUGCCACUGUCAUGCCUGAUGGACAAAACAGAUCUGUUUUAAUAAAUCAAUUAUCAAAACGAAGGUCUCAAAUCCCUUUCACUAAGGCAAAAGGUCUAAUACAAUGUGUUUUAUUCCAUCCAAUUAGGCCAUAUUUGUUUGUAGCGACUCAGCGUAAUGUACGAAUAUAUGAUUUAGUAAAACAGGAAAUGAUUAAAAAAUUGUUAUCUAAUUCACAAUGGAUAUCGUCAAUGGCAAUACAUCCUGGAGGCGAUAAUAUUUUAGUAGGCACUUACGAUCGCAAAAUGCUUUGGUUUGACCUUGAUUUGAGUACAAAGCCUUAUCAAACAUUACGUUUACAUGGUACAGGUGUAAGGGGAGUUUCAUUUCACAAGCGAUAUCCACUUUUUGCAUCUGGUGCAGAUGAUAGAGGUCUUAUUGUUUCUCAUGGAAUGGUGUACAAUGAUUUACUGCAAAAUCCAUUGAUUGUACCACUAAAACGAUUAUGUGAUCACGAAUCGUACAAUGAUUUUGGUAUUUUGGAUGUAAUGUUUCAUUCCAUUCAACCAUGGGUAUUUUCAGCUGGUGCAGAUUCAACGAUAAGAAUGUAUACUUGAAUCAUAUAUUGUGUCUAUAUUUUUAAUUAGCAUAUUUUGUUGUGCAAAUAAAAUUAUAAAAUUUUUACAAAAAUUUUCUAUCAAAGGAUAAAAGUUUGUAAUACGUUAUUAAAUGUAUAGGAACAUUUUUAUUACAAUAAAAUGCUAUACAAUACGAAAGUUUGUAGAAGAUUCUACAAUAAA